UGACACAGCUUCCUGUUCCCUCGCCCCAGGGGCCCUGGGCCUGGACGGGAAGUGGAGCAGAGCGGCCUCGUCUCUAAUGAAAGGCCCCUUUCCGGGGGGGCGGCCCCGGCAUCUCCCCAGCGUGGGGGGGGGCAUGAGACACUGACAGGCUGUGCCUAGGGUGGUGACUGGUCUCCGCGGCCCAUGUAGGCUGGGGUCCCUGGUACCCGGGGCCUGUGAGACACGCGGAGAUGGGAGCAGGGUUGCCAGCUUCUGUCAGCACAAAACCGAAAACCCGACCCUGCCUCGGCGGCUCGCUCUCCCCCACCCUCCACCACUUUCACUGGGCUGGGGGUUGGAGUGCGAGAGGCGUCAAUCUCCCAAUCUCCUACUAUGGAUUCUCUCUUUAAACCGAGUGUCCUCAGCGUAAUUGCAGGAGUCGCAUGUGGAGUAUGCCUGGGCUGGGGCAUUCGUGGGCGAUUCUUUAGACCAUCCAGAGCCAAAAUGCCUGUGUUUGCAAAUGAGCUGGGGAAUGAAGCCAGUAUUAUGGGAGAGUCUGGAGAAUACAAGAUGGUGCUGAUAGUCCGUAAUGACUUAAAGAUGGGAAAGGGUAAAGUAGCAGCACAAUGUUCUCAUGCUGCAGUUUCUGCCUACAAGCAAGUUCAACGAAGAAAUCCUGAGCUCCUUAAACAGUGGGAGUAUUGUGGACAGCCAAAAGUGGUUCUCAAAGCCCCUAAUGAAGAGUCGCUAGUUCAACUCCUUGUUGAUGCUCAACAGCUGGGACUGACUGUGAGUAUAAUCCAAGAUGCAGGUCGUACUCAGAUAGCACCAGGCUCCCGGACUGUACUAGGGAUCGGACCAGGACCAGCUGAUGUAGUGGAUAAAGUUUCUGGCCAUCUCAAACUCUUCUAAGAUGGAGAACAAGCCUAAGUUUUAUUGGAGCAAUUGUAUCCUUCAGCACCAAAGUAAUGGGGAUAAAAUCCAAGCUGUUUUCAUUUCUAUGGUUCUGCUUUAGUAAAAAUAAAAAGCAUGUCUAUCUUUAGACCUUU